AUGAUCAUUCCAGUGCGUUGCUUUACGUGUGGUAAGGUUAUUGGUAACAAGUGGGACGCCUAUCUUGGAUUGCUGCAGGCUGAGUAUUCCGAAGGUGACGCAUUGGAUGCGUUGAAUUUGCGACGUUACUGCUGCAGAAGGAUGCUGCUCUCGCAUGUGGACUUGAUUGUCAAGCUGCUCGACUAUCAUCCGCUCGAGAAAUGA